CAAACAUUGAGAUAUCAGUAUCUUAGCAACAAUUAUAAUUUUGUCAAUAUUAUAAGUAUUUCAGUUUAUUGAGUUUCUGGUGCAGCAUUUUAUAAUCAGUAAGGUGUUAAAGUGAUUUUGAAUUUCUUUUAAUUUAACAAUGGUAGAGUUUACAGCAGCCCAGCUUGAGAAACUAACAGAAUUGAUGAGACCUCCAGAACCAGAAAUACUACAAGGAGAUGAUCUUUCUUCAUCAGGUUAUGAAAUAACUUCAACUAGAAAUAGUAUUUCCACCGAAAAAGAAGUUACGAGAACCCCUAAAACGAUUGAAGAAUAUGAGGCACUUGAGGCUGAAGAAGCUGAACAGUUAUCUAAAGUAGGAGCUGGUAUUCCAGAUAAGAAAACUCCAUCUUACACUAUAAAUUAUCAGCAGUCGGUUAGUGCGGAAGAUAUUUUUCUCCAGAUUGGUCCCAAAACACCAUCGACGGCAAGCUGUGAAAACCUCAUUGUGAGGGUUAAAAUGCCCGGUGAUAAGAAAGAAAAUGUAGAUCUUAACGUUGAUGCAACGAGCGUUACUAUCACUUCAUCUCAAUUUUAUCUGAAGCUGCCCUUACCUCAUGCGAUCAACCCUGACACGUCAAAAGCCAACUGGGAUACAGCAAAAGAAACCUUGGUUCUUACUUUGAAACUGGAUAGGGAAUUUGAUUUUGUGAACUUCUAAUUAUUAAUAUGUAAUGUUUAAAGAUUACUUAAUCCAAUACUUUUAAAAUCCUAUAAUUAUAAAUAUACAUAUUUAUACAGUAA